AUGAAUGUGCUCCUGCUGUUCACGGGCAACCUGCUUGACUCCAGAGAGGUGCUAGAGGGCCCAUGGAAGCACUGGAGGUCUGGGAGCAAAGGCCGGAAGAUUCAGAGGAGACUGGAACAGGCUAAAGAGAGCCAGGUUCUGGAGCAGAGCUUUCACCUGAAGAAUGCCACUUAUUGGACAAACUCUGGCACCCGCUCACAGAUGGCAGUGGGGAGCUUCAGGAAGCAGUGGAUGGGAGACCGAUGGAAAAGUAUGACGGAGACACAGGACGGAGCAGAGCUCUGCUUUCCACAACUCUUCAACACCUCCUGCAGGAAGCUGACACCUCCUUGGUUUGAAGUGAUGCUCAUUCACAUUUUGCUCUACUCCAGCUCUCUGCUCACUGUAGCUCUCAACCUGCUCGUCAUCAUCUCAGUCUCCCACUUCAGGCAGCUCCACACACCCACCAACAUCCUCCUCCUCUCUCUGGCUGUCUCAGACUUUCUAGUGGGCCUCGUGGUGAUGCCAGGAGAAAUCCUCCGAAAAACAUCCUGCUGGUUUCUUGGUGACUUUGUGUGUUUUCUUUAUAAGUAUCUUUCAAGCAUAAUUACUGCAUCCUCAAUAGGUGACAUAGUGCUCAUAUCAUUUGACCGUUACGUUGCUAUUUGUGACCCUCUGCAUUACACCACCAGAAUCACUGUCAACAGAGUUAAACUCUGUGUUUGUCUAUGUUGGCUCUGUUCUGUUUCCUACAGCUUUCCCUUUGUAAAUGAUGCCCUGACUCAACCGGGGAGGUAUAAUUCCUGCUACGGAGAAUGUGUGUUUGUCGUUGACUAUGUCUUAGGAGCUGUAGACCUUGUUUUGUCCUUUCUUGUUCCAGUUAUUCUCAUAAUAGCUCUGUAUCUGAGAAUAUUUGCCGUGGCUGUGUCUCAGGCUCGUGCCAUGCGCUCUCACAUUACAGCUGUCACACUCCAGCUUUCAGUGACUCCAAAGGCAAAGAAAUCAGAGCUGAAAGCAGCCAGGACUCUUGGUGUUCUUGUAGUUGUGUUCCUACUAUGUUUCUGCCCAUAUUACUCUGUCUCUCUUGCAGGUGACAGCUUGGUCAAUGCUUCAUCUGCAUCCUAUGUUCUCUUUGUGUUCUAUUCUAACUCUUGUCUAAACCCUCUGAUCUAUGCCUUGUUUUACCCCUGGUUUAGAAAAGCAGUUAAACUCAUUGUUACUCUUCAGAUACUGCAGCCUGGCUCCUGUGAGGCCAACAUGCUGUAGAGAGGCUGUGUAGGGACUGAGAUCAGACUCGGUCUAAGAAUUAAAGGAAUUAAUAUGUUCCUGCUGUUCAGUGAGUGAAUUAUCAAAUACAGAAAGUAAAGAUAUGCUUUCCUGUCUUAACAUCCAAAUUGUCUAUGAUCAACA